UCGUUUUGUAAUUUCUGAAUUCAGACCAGUAAGAAGUAAGAACCAGCUAGAGAGAGAGAGAGAGAGAGAUGGUUCGUCUGCGGGGAGGUGCAAAGAGAGAGCAAACAAGCCCUCUGGGAGAAAUUGGCGACGAAAUUAAAGCAAUGGACGUAGAAGAUGACAAUGCUCGAGAUGGCAAGAAGAGGCAUGAGAUUGGGGACCAAACUGAUUCCUUUGCCGAAAUGAAUACUAAGAACCUGCUCAAACUUUUGGAAGACGGGACUAAAUGUGUGGGAAACCUUGUAGAGUUGGAAAGAAUCAAAGAGGGGAACAAGGUGCUUGUUAGGGACAGGGACAUGCAGCGGAGGGUUGCUGAGAAGAAGCCGGAAAUUCAGAAGAAGGAUAUGAGAGUGGAAGCAUGCAUCUCUAAACCAGCAUUGCAGCCUAGUGCUGAUGAAUUAGCCCGAGCUAAAGCGGAGGCACGCAAGAAGAUACUUCCCUGCCCUCGCUGCGAAAGCUUGAACACAAGAUUUGAACAGUUCAAAUAUUCCAAUCUACGUAAAGAAAAACGUUUGUGCAGAGAUUGUAAAAGAAGCUGGAUUGUUGGUGGAAAGUUAAGAAGGGGUGGCGUUAACAACUCUCUUAAGCUAGGGUUAGUGUCUCUGUGAAGUUCCAAACUGGUUUUGUAAAAGGAGGACUCCAGGAGUAGAUGGCAAGAGGUGUAGUUUUGUUAAGUGCCAUUAUAUAUGUAUGCAUGAGGAGGUGCUGCAGAUCUUACUAGUGAGGACAGCUUUUGAUUGUGGAGGAGAUUUGAAUGAUAUGUUAUGGUUGACAAUUAUAUUAUGAUUGUGAAGGAGGUGUAAUUUCAUAGCAA